AGUUAGUGUGUAACAUUUUGUCGCGCCUUUGGUGUUCGAAGUCGUAUUCGUUUAAGGAAAAUCGUAUAGAAUAACUAUAGAAAUACUUUAGAAUCAGCUUAACACGAAACGAAAUAGUAAGCGAAUCAUAAACAAGCCGGAUUCGGUUGGAAGACUCGAUAAUCUCCUGGUUUCACCUGGCUGCUGACCUUGUUCAUUUUUGUGUAGAUUUCAGCGUCAUCAUAUCACUGAACACUUCCAUUAUAACAGUUCACGUCGACUCAGAGUGCACUAUAAGGGAACGCGUUAGGCAAUCAUUAACGUGGGCAUAUUAUAAUACCGUCUCGGAGUGUUUUAAGCUUGUUUUAAAUCAGCCUAUCGACGUUGAUACAUUUGUUGUUUUAGAAUGAAGAUUUUACCAACGGCACUGGGGAACAGCUGCACGUUUUAAGAUCAGGACAAGUCAUUGGCGUUUGUUUCAUAGUAUUUAGCAGUCAGUUAUUAUCUUGUAGCUCAUCCGCCUACAUUCGCAUACGUGUUGGAUUUUGUGCAGAGAGGAAAAUAUGUCUGUUCCAGAGAAAACAACAACAGCAUGUUUUAAUGGUGGAUACUGGGAUUUCACGAAUAAGAGAUGCAGAUGCAACGAGGGAUGGACCGGUAUUACAUGCUCAGAGUCAUGUAACAAAGGAUCGUAUGGUAUCAACUGCUUUAAUGUGUGUCGAUGUGGACAACAUGCAAAUUGUGAUGUUUUCACUGGACAGUGCACCUGUCCAGAAAAUAGAUCUAACUGUGUUGAGUGCAAGGCGGGACUAUACGGACCAGCGUGUUCCAUUCCUUGUAUUUGCGAAAGUGGAGUCUGUCAUACCAACGGCGUAUGUAUUUCAGACGGAUCCACAACUCUUGGCGCCACAGCAAUCGCGGCUAUCAGCUUUGGUGUGAUUCUCAGUGUUAUGCUAAUUCUAAUUCUUAUUUUGCUGUGCGCCCUCUGGCGGCGUAAACCUUUAACGAAAGUCAGCCAAUCAUUGACGUUAAACAGGGAACAAGGAGCAACGGAUGUCGAUGAUACAUUUAAUGAUUUUGAUAUCGUAUAUGAAGUAGGAUCCGGUCGUAAUAGUAUCGACACUGACGUCGGUUCGAUAACAUCGAGUACUAAAAUGUAUCCAACACGAGUUGUACAGCAACGAGAACUUCCGGGAAUACCCGAAGAGGACGAGGAAGCUGGGAAAUUUGUAAAUAUAGCAAACGAAGAAGAAAGUAAUGCUAUGGACCGUGUGGAUAAUUGGGGCUUCAAAGAGCCACCAAACAGGACAGACUCUGUGAGCUCCUCAGUACUGGCAGUACACGGUUCCGUCAGGGCAAAGGUCGAAAUACACGACGAAUCUGAACCUACGAACGCGGCAAUGAAUUCGUUAAACGGUAGUUCGAACGCGCUCAAUAUUGAAGUUGAUUCAAAUUGUCGUCUAGAUAACAACAUAGAGCGGGCAUUAUUGUCGGAUGAUUACAUGGAACUCAGAAAGUCAAUUGAAAACUUGACGGCAGCCAUUGCCCAUAUACCGUUGGUUGUAUCACAAGGUGGGGGAUCGUCUGGCAAUGUCUCACAAGUUGGAAAUACUGACUCGUCAAGCGACCAUAGUGAACAGAGGUUAAUGAAUGUUCCAAGUAUCAAGGUGAGUGAUGAUGACGAGGAAGUAUGUACCAGUGGGUCAGGUAAUGAAGAAAGGAUUAAGAGAAAAAAGAAACGAAAAUCUGUUCACAAUUAUCUUGCGAUAAACACAGGAAACGCACCUAGUAGUUCUGAUGAUGAUGAUGACGACGAAGUAUUUAACGGCACACGAACUGCUUUUAAUAUGGACUCGGGGAAUGAAAGCGACUCGAGAGGUUACAACAAAGUCGAUCGUACGAAACGUUCAUAUAGUCGGGAAAUUGUGGACGCCAAUGACUACGCUUCACUACAGCUUGUGGAUGCAUCACCACCAAUGCAUAACAAAAUAUACCUAGCACCGAACAGUAAACAUUCGAAUUACUCUAAACCUUAUGAAUUAACUGAAAUCCCCUUGGUUUCAGAAACUGAUAAUGCUAACGAGCGCCUCCUAGCGAAUGAGAGUGAACAGCACACUGCCGCAGAUGAUCAAUAUUUGGAAACUAAAAUUAAUGACAUCAAAAUAAAUGAUAAAACCGACACACAUUAUCUGGAAACCAUUCCGAUUGUAAAUGAACCAAGUGAUUCUGUAAACAAAUUGAAAGAAAUUGAAAAAUCGGCAAACAGUUAUACAGAAGUCAACAAACCUAAUGUAUAUGACAACAAACUGGGGUUGAUACUGAAACAGGAAAGCAGCGAAACGCCUGAUUCAAGCUUGUUUCAAACCAUGCCAGUAGUGGAAUCGAAAAUUCGUCAACUCCAAAAACCAUUCAUGAAGCAAGCGUUUAGAGAAAAUACUCAAAUGUCACAACCAAUUGCAGUUCCGAUAAAAUCCAAAAUUCCUGUAAGAAUCACAAAGCAGUUUACAAUAUAAGCCUACAAAUAUGAAUCAAAAACAUUAUGCAAUGCUAUUAUUUGCCAAAUCAGUGCUUUACUCUAACCGUAGUAACUUAUAAUAUUUCCAAUAAUGUUUAUUUAAAUAUUUGCAGCUAUUUUGUACUACCUCUGUCCUAUUUGCGCAUGCCUUUAAUAUACGUUGCCUGCUAAUGUAUAAGAUUGUUAUCCAUAAUACAUUUUGUUUAAAAAAAUGAAACAAUGGACAAUUCUGCAUAGCCUCUUUUCAUGGAUACUGUUCUUAGGGUUUCACAAAAUGACACCCCAAACGUAGAUUCGUAAACGUGUACGUCUGUGCGCAGCAUGCGUGUAUUCCUGGCCUCUAUAUAUUAACACGUUCUGAUUGGACAGUUGUUGACAGUUUUGUGUAACGAGUUUUGGUGUUUAGGAGCUAACACUCCCAAUGCUCUGGCUCCGGAGGAAAAACUUUCUUUGGCAUUUUGUACAAAUAGAGCUUUCCUCUAAGAAUAGCCCCUUGGAUAAUGUUCCUGAAGUCCACAAAAUGACGUAAACGUAUGUAAACACGUGUGUUUCUGUGACAAGCGCGUAGUUUUGUCUGCCUUCUGAUUGGUCAGUUGAGCAUGAUUUACAAUCAGGAAAGGGCCAUUAAAUAUGAAGUUAAAGGGACCUGCUAAUGAAAUACAAAGUAUUGAAAAUUAAUAGUAGUAGUAGUAGUAGUAGUAGUAGUAGUAGUAGUUGUUGUUGUUGAUGAUUUUGUUGAUGAUGCUGAUUUUGAUAUGAUGGUGUUGAUGAUGAUGUCGUUGUUUCUGUUGGUUUUGCUGCUGCUGGGUAAUCGCUGUUAUUUAUUUAUUUAUUAUAUAUUUAUUAUUUUAUUAUUGUAUAAUAUUUCAUUAAUCAUUAGAUGGUUACUCAUUUGCGAUAAUUAAAAUGGUAGAACUGCCAGUUGAGUCAAUUGAAUGUAAUGCCGUUGAUUACAAUAGUUAGAUUUACACGUGUAACAAGUAACCUAUAUUCAUCAGCGAGGAUUGUUCUACGCUAGUGUACAAUGACGUAACAAUAAAAAUAAUUGGCCUAUAUGAAUACUUCGAUGCUCAUGUUGGUCGUUUAACAUAUGGUUGAUUUAUUUAUUCAUGGCCUACAAUAGAAAGCAAUUAUUAUACUGUAUAAUAAAAAAACUUUGAGGAAAGCUGUAUAUCGUUAAUGAAAAAUUUAUUUCACACAUAAUUUAAGUUAAAAAUAAAAAUUAGUGCUGAUGGAUGAUGUUUUUUUGAACCAGAUCCUUGGCAUUAAAGAUUUCUUGAGGAUUUCUAAUCCUGAAAGAAUAA